UUUGCACAAAAUACACAAAUGCAAAUUCUGUGGUUCAAGUGUAACGAAAUUAUCCCAGGAGUUCUAAUUGCACUUAUCGCAAUAAUACUUGCGUUAAGUGGAUUCCUGGUAUCCCGUGAAUUACAGCCAUUAAAUGACACAGAAUAUCUUUGCAACAUGGCAUCGAAUUCUGAAACCAAAUUAGAAGAAUUUAAGCAAGAGGAUCAUACAGCUUUUGUUCUUGGUUUUACUGGUGAAGUUGGAAAAGAACUUUUAAAAGAACUGAAGAGAACAAGACCUUUUAAGAAGAUUGUUCUCAUUGGACGUAGAAUAAUUGAUUUGGAUCCAGAUUUUGGGCCUGAAUUUGAACAAAAGAAGGUAGAUUUUGAUAACAUAACUGACUACAAAGAAGUGUUUGAUGGUAUAGAUACGGGAUUCUGUUGCUUGGGAACCACUAGAGGAAAAUCAGGUUCAGAAGGAUUUGUGAAAGUUGACCAUGACUAUAUAUUGAACUCUGCUGAGGUAGCAAAAGAAAAGGGAUGCAAACACUUCACACUAGUAUCCUCCCAGGGAGCAGAUAAAAAUGCUAAUUUACUCUAUACAAGAAUAAAGGGACAAGUUGAAGAGGAAUUAAAAGUAAUGCAUUUUGACAGACUUUCAGUUUUCAGACCAGGGGUAUUAAUGUGUGACCGAGAAGAAAGUCGACCUGGAGAAGCCUUCUUUAGAACAGUACUUAAACCUUUUUCCUAUUUCUUCCCUACUGCUAUAACAACACCAACAGAUGUAGUUGCCAAGGCAAUGGUCAGGGUUGCUGUCAGUAAAACAGAGAACACCACAGAACUCUUUGAAAACAAAGCCAUACAUGCUUUAGCUGGAAAUGUCAAAUGUAAAGUGAAAAAGAAAUCUUCUAACACAGAUGCUGAUCAAGAUUUAUAAAUCCUAUUAGAAAAAACAUUCGACAGACAAACUUUUACGUACAGUCACAGAAAACCAUCUACAAACUGAUGUUUACUUUCCUAGAUGCCUAUGAUUAUCAUGCAAGCAUAAUAAUGAUUCAAUAAAAAAGAAUUGCGGUGAUUUUUCAGUGAAUGCUAGCUAUAUAUAUAUAGUGAAUGUGGGUCAAUCACCAGCAAUCACCCUAUUUUCACUAUGAAUCUUCAGCAAGAGUGAUUAUUUACUUUAUUCACCAUAUGUGUACUGUUAUUGUUCUUAGACUUGUUACUGUAAAAUGAACAUCCUAACAUGAUGUUUUUGUUUUAAAUCAGUAUUGCCGAAAAAAAAGUAUCAGGUUAGAAAAGAGUAUUAAAAAUCUUGUUAAAUGGUUUGGAUACAUUUUUAAGGCUUAAGCAUGUAAAAAACUGAUUUUUUGGAUAAUUUAGAAAGAUUGGGAUAAUGCUUAUGGAAUAAUUUUAAAAUUGUUCUGUGAUUAGAUGGAAUUAUAUAACUAGAUCCCCCCCCCCCCCCAAAAGGUCAAUUAUGGUUAACGAGGAAGUAAUCAUUUUCCUUAUUUAGUGAAUUUGGCCAUUAAGUCAUUAAACUCAGUGAAAAGGGUGUUUAAUCCUACAGUAGAAAACCAAGUACAAAUGUACUCCUUGUAAAAUCUUCUUCUUUAACAUGUUAGAUGGUAUUUCGUUCAAUUUUAUAUUGACCCCUUUAAUAAAGACCAUAUCUAAAAUCUAGAUUUUCAGUCUCUGUUUGGGAUUUAAAUGAUAAUUUACAAUUUUAUUUUAUUUGGCCUUCAAAAUAGUUUAUUUUGUUCAAUUUUUUUUUGGAAAGGGUUUGUUGCAAUUAUUUCUAAGGAACAAAAUGUGUGUUGUGUUGUGUUAUUUGUUUUGUGUGUAUUUAUAGACUCUACUCUCUUAUUGAGUGGGGAAAAUACUAUAGAAUAUAAAAAAAUAUAGUAAACUCAUUAUUGUGUUAAGUUGUAAUAUAGUAUAAUAAUACUGCUUAAAAAAUACUAUGUGCCUUUAAGUUAUUGCAAAUUUUAUUAUUACAUUCUUUAUUGUAUUUUUCUGGAGAUAUAGAGAUGAACAAGAGUUGUGUGGUUGAAAUAAAAAUCGAAUUGCUGUAAAUUCAGAUUUUUGAGUUGUACAUUUUUAUUUGCAAAUGGGAUGAGUGGAAUAUUGAUAUAAGCAUUGAAAUGUGAAUUUAAGAUUUUUUGAUGUUCGUCUUGUUAUCUUUUUUUUUUUAUUUACAUCAUUCUUAUUUAGUUUGGCAUUAUAACUGUAGCUGUUCAUGUAUUUUACUCAAAUUAAUUGUCUUUUAUUUUUAGCUCACCUGGCCCAAAGGGCCAAGUGAGCUUUUCUCAUCACUUGGCGUUCGUCGUCCGUCGUCUAUCGUCCGUCAUCCGUCGUCCGUUAACUUUUACAAAAAUCUUCUCCUCUGAAACUACUUGGCCAAAUUUAACCAAACUUGGCCACAAUCAUCAUUGGGGUAUCUAGUUUAAAAAAUGUAUCCGAUGACCCGGCCAACAAACCAAGAUGGCCACCAUGGCUAAAAAUAGAACAUAGGGGUAAAAUGUAGAUUUUGCUUAUAUCUCUGAAACCAAAGCAUUUAGAGCAAAUCUGACAUGGGGGUAAAAUUGUUUAUCAGGUCAAGAUCUAUCUGCCCUGAAAUUUUCAGAUGAAUCGGACAACCCGUUGUUGGGUUGCUGCCCCUGAAUUGGUAAUUUUAAGGAAAUUUUGCAGCUUUUGGUUAUUAUCUUGAAUAUUAUUAUAGAUAGAGAUAAAGUGUAAACAGCAAUAAUGUACAGCAAAGUAAGAUCUACAAAUAAGUCAACAUGACCAAAAUUGUCAAUUGACCUCUUAAGGAGUUAUUGCCCUUUAUAGUCAAUUUUUUACAAUUUUCAUAAAUUUGUAAAUUUUUGUAAAUUUUUACAAAAUAUUUUUCCACUGUAACUACUGGGCCAAGUUCAUUAUAGAUAGAGAUAAUUGUAAGCAGCAAGAAUGUUCAGUAAAGUAAGAUCUACAAACACAUCACCAUCACCAAAACACAAUUUUGUCAUGAAUCCAUCUGUGUCCUUUGUUUAAUAUGCACAUAGACCAAGGUGAGCGACACAGGCUCUUUAGAGCCUCUAGUUUAAAUUUUGAUCCAUAUUAUUAUAUCACCAAUUAUCAUGUAUUAUUUUUUUUAAAUAGUUUAAGUCCAUUUGAGUUCUUUAAAUCUUCAAAUUUAAAUUAAAUUAUUGAUUAUUUAAUUUUAUUGCUGAUUUUGUAGUUUUUCUUUAAUAAUGGAUAUUAUAUAUAAAGAUGUUUUAGUUUGGAUUUUUUUCUUGUUACUAAAGAAUUUAAUGAAUUUAAGUUAAUAGCAGGUAAUGGAGUGAAUGAACUGAAGGUGACAGCAACUGUUCAACAUAAAGCUCACAUUUCUAUAAAAAUGUUUUAAAAAGUGUUGAUCCUUGUCAAGUGUUUUUCAUUUUUAUUUCAUUGAAUUCAUUGAAUUUUAGUUGUACUGGUAACGACAACUGGAUGGUUGGUUUAAUAAAAAACAAUGACCUUCAUCUGUGUAAGAUUUAUUGUAAAAUACAUUUUUGCUAUUGAAACCUUGAUUGUAACUUUUUUACUAAAUGACAAACAUUUCUAGCAAAAUUGUUCAAAUUUGUAUUACAUUAAUAAAAUUAGGUAUGGCAGAUGAAAUUUACAUAAAAACUUGUGAAGAUUUAUCGAACUCAGACUAGUACACCAUUUGCUUGAAUGUAUGUUCAACUUUGUACGAAAGUAGAGGGGGAUUGCACAUUUUUGUGAUGUGGAAUUUUGGGAUAAUAAAAUUGGGGAUAAAGGGGGUGAAGAAAAGAGAAA